CGCGCGGCCCACCGUCCGCUCGCGGCGUCAGGGGCGCGCCAUGCUUAAAUCUCCCGGCUCCGCCUCCCCUUCCCAGCCAUCGCCUAGCGCCACACGAUUCCCAGCAGCAGCUGCUGCCACUGCUACUUUCCAGAUUCCAACUCCACUGCUAGUUUCGAGCAAGAUCCAACACCUCGUACUACUCCGCUGGUGUGAUCGAUCGAGCCGCGCAGCUCGCUCAUGGCGUCCAUCGUGCUGCUGCUGUCGGAGCUGCUGGGCGGGGAGAGCGCCAGCGUGCUGGCGGCCGACCGCUACAUCAUGGGCGGCGGCCGUCUCGGGCUGGGGGAGUUCCGCCCCGCCGCCGCCGCGGCGGAGUCGUCGCCGGCGGCCAAGCGGGACGGCCGGCCGGUGGGAGGCCAGCAGCGCGCGGCCGCCGGGACGGAGGGGGCGCGGGAGAAGGAGGAGUCGUUCGAGGACCUCGCGGUGUCCAGGAUCGCGGUCGACGCCAUGUGGCCUUGAGAGCUUCUCCCCGACGGAGCGAGUAGUCGUCGUCCGUCCAGGCUUUGGACACGGGGGAGAUGGAGAUUGCUGCUUGCUGCGUUGCAACGCACACUCCGCUCAUGUAAUUAUGUGAAAAUGAUUCCUCAAAUGUCAGGGGAUUUGCCCUGGAAAUUUUCCCC